UUCCUUAGCCUUGAGAGCUGUGACGAAAGUCGGCGUCACUUGGGAACCUGUUGAUAUAGUUCUGUAAAAGUCUGACUCACCUGGUACAUAAAAAGUGUUCGGGUAUACUACGAAGCACUUCGCUGUCUGGAAGCACUUCACUGUCGUCUGCAAACGCGGUGCUUCGUUAAAAUGUGUCUCCUUCGAACGGCAGCAGCAAUUUUAUUCAUAGCGCCAUUGAUCAUAUCGUCUGUAGGAGCUCCUGUUGAGACGACGGGAACGACAAUCCCAGUGAAGAUAGCCAUACCAGACACUAAUGAAGUAGUCACUAGUGAUAUCCCCAGUCAUUCAGCCAUUCCACAGUGCCUCCGUGAGAGCUCUAACGUCACGGAAGACGUAAGUCUGCUGGGAAUACUCAAAAGGACCUUCGAUGAAGGAUUGCAUGUCCCAGCACAAAUAUUUACUGAGUGUGCCAAGAAGGAACUUAGGAGGCUUCAAAACGACAUCAAGUAUGAAACGGGGCGCCCGACAGGUGGCGCCGCAAGUGACAGUGCGACAGUCCCCGGGGAGGUGAAACUGGACUCUCCGCAAGUGCAAGACGUACUCCCAUACGACGAAAAUGAGGAAGAAGAAUCACCCGAAGAUUACGACGAAAAGCCCUCCAAAGGAGCCUUAGAGGAAGAACCGAAAGUGGAAAAACCGAAAGUGGAAGAACCGAAAGUGGAAGAACCGAAAGCGGAAGAACCAAAAGUAGAAGAACGGAAAGUAGAAGAACCGAAAGCGGAAGAACCAACACCGAUCACUCCCAAGAAGGCUGUAGAAGAACCCGCCAAAAUACCUCAUGAAGCGCCAAAGAUCCCGGACUUGACGACUAUCACCAACGCUUUCGAUUCGGUGAAGCCCAUAUCCGAGCAUCCCGGCGUCCUCGGGGAGGUCGUUAGGGUUCUGCAAGUCAUAUUCGAUUACAAACGUGUCCAGAGUGACCUGCAGAGGAUCUUGAACGGUGAUAUCCACAAGGUGCUCCAGGAGUAUCCCGACAGAGCAAAAGGUUUCUUCCAGCUCAUCGUUAGCCUGCCUGAAAGGUUCAAGGGAGCUGCAAAUGACGUGCAGGAAGUCAAGAAGGAAAGCCCCGCUGACGGACCGUACUCCGACGUCUUCGGCAACCUGCAAGCCUACAUGAACUCAGCGGCUCAAACCAGUCAACAACUUCCCAACAUGCUGUCGCUAGUCAGCACUGUGGACGCACUUCGAAACAUCGCCACACAAUUAAGCGGCCUGGUCGCCCCACGUGGUUUCGGUGGCUUCGGCGCGGGCUUGCUACCUACUCCACCUCCAUCUCCGCAAGCCGCGUUGCUCAACGAGAUCACAUCAGUCUUCCAGCAUAUACCGGCAACAUUCGGGUCCUUCCUCAAUGGUGGACGCUCGUUUGGGCUUGGUAGAGGACACCGCCCAGUACGCAGGCCUGUCCGACCACCAGUUGAACCAUCAGAAGUUCCAUCCGAAGACAAGCCAGUGUCGCCACACGACGAGGUCGCGGCUCACCACACCGAACAGGUCGAAGCGAAAUCUGCGAAUGACCCUCCUGCAUUUUACAAGGACGUGGCCACAGCGAGCCUUGCUGCCUUUGACACAGUGUCCAAGACGUUGUACGACAUUUUGACAAGAGAUGCCAAAGCUGCUUUGAAAGAGCAAGAACGACAGAAGCACGAGUGAUGUAACGUUUAUUGUUUACUGUCGAACAUGUGCACGAGUGCUCGCAGCUCAGGUGGACGAGUGGUAUCUGGGAAACGUCGAGAACGAACGACUUGGUGUCGCAUGCCAUUUACGCUUCAUAAGCAAGUCAAGACGUUAAAAAAAAAGGACAAAAGAAGAGGAAAUGUACGUGGAAAGAGGAAAAAUUGCUGCCAAACUAAAUUAAACCCUGGCCUAUCGCCUAUUUGGCUUGUCGCCACAAAAUGCGGAGGAAAAACAACAAGGAAACAGUGGCGGUUGUUGCGGGUAAACACCGUGCGAAAAUGAAAGAAAUGCAAAGUUGCAAGAUGAUCGAGCAAGGUGUGGAAAUAUCCACGAUAGAGAGCUGCUUGCUGUGUACGUCGCGCGUGUGUGUAAAAAAUAACUUUCUAGCUAAACAACGAGAGGAAAUGGGUGACAUUAUACGUGCUCAAGUAAAAUGUACGACGGAGAAAUAAGUGCAAUAAAGGGGUCGGUGUGCAAUUGAAAA